AUGACAGUGCCAGGAAUAAACUCAACUUACAUCACGGAGUUCCUUUUUGAAGGCUUCUCUAGUUAUGGGUGGCAGCACAGGCUUGUGCUCUUUGUUGUUUUCCUAACACUGUACCUGCUGACUCUGUCUGGCAAUGUGAUUAUUGUGACAAUUAUUCGCCUGGAUCGUCACCUUCACACUCCCAUGUAUUUCUUCCUGAGCAUGCUUUCUAUCUCCGAGACCUGCUACACUGUGGCCAUCAUUCCACGUAUGCUUUCUGACCUCCUGAAUCCUCAGAAGACUAUUGCUUUCCAAUACUGUGCCACACAGCUCUUCUUCUUUCUUACAUUUGGAAUCUGCAGCUGCUUUCUGCUGACAGCAAUGGGAUAUGACCGCUAUGUGGCCAUCUGCAAUCCUCUAAGGUAUUCGGUUAUCAUGGGCAAAAUGGCUUGUAUCCAGCUGGCAUCUGGAUCACUGGGAUUUGGCCUGAGCAUGGCUAUUGUCCAGGUCACAUCUGUGUUUGGUCUGCCUUUCUGCAAUGGCUUUGUCAUCUCCCACUUCUUCUGUGACGUGAGACCCCUGCUGAAGCUGGCCUGUGCAAAUACCACUGUCAACGAGAUCAUUACCUUUGUCGUGAGUGUUUUUGUCCUUGUUCUACCAAUGACCCUGGUCUUCAUCUCCUACAUCCUCAUUAUCUCCACCAUCCUUAGGAUUUCCUCAGCAGAGGGCAGGAAGAAGGCCUUUGCCACCUGUGCCUCCCACCUCAUAGUGGUCGUCAUCCACUAUGGCUGUGCCUCGAUCGUCUAUCUCAAGCCUAAGUCUAAGAGUUCCCUGGGACAGGACAGACUCAUCUCAGUGACCUACACUUGUCACACCCUUGCUGAACCCUGUUGUGUACACCUUAAGGAACAAAGAGGUCAAAGAUGCUCUGUGCAGGCGAUUGUGAAGAAAGCCAAUCUGGAUAGUUUGUGA